AUGGAGACGACCCUCGCUGUCCUCGAUGUCCGUGAAAAGGAAACAGGAAGCCAGGUCCGUCCUCCGGCUUUUCCAACACCAAAACCUAAUGGGUUUCCCGAACAUAAGAAACGGACUAGGGUUUCGGCAUUUAAAAGGCAAAAACAACAAGAGCAGUCGGGCGCAACACCGAGCUCUGGUCAUGGCACCUCAGAGCCUUCACUAACAUUAGGAAGCCAAGGCGGGGAUGGAUCAAGCAACGAUCAAGACAGGCCGCACUUCGAUUCGGAGCGGCGGAGGAUAGACAAGGAGAACAGGGAGCGGCUGGCGGCUAUGUCAGCAGAGGACAUAGCGGAAGCUCAGAAUGAAAUUCUGCAACUUGAUCCUUCCUUGAUUCAGAUGCUGUUGCGCAGGGCAAAUCUUGAUGAGAAGCCCGCUGGUCCGGAUCCAUUUGCUACCGACAACUCGGCCGAAACCACGGCAGGGAAAUCGGAUGCCACUGGGCAAGUGCCGACUCCGCCAAAGUUUACCCCAAGCAAUAAACCAGAGGAAGAAAUCCCAGGCGAUCCAAAAGGAGCAAUCACAGAAAACAAGGCACCUACACCUAAGAAAAAAACAGUCUCUUUCGCACCGACAGUGGAGGAUGAUGAGCCCGAUGCGGAAUCCACGCCUCUAUCAGACAUACCAGAACAGGCACUAGCAACAAACACAACACACUUCCCACACCCCGCGAAUCCUCCCGACCUCGAUCCAGCCGAUCCCAACUUCCUCGAAACCCUACACUCAAAAUACUUCCCCAACCUUCCGGCCGACCCAGCCCGCCUCGCAUGGAUGGCGCCCGUGCCGACCGAGGACUCCCCCGCGGACCGCGAGUCGCCAUACUACCCGGGCCAGACAUCCCUGGCCGUGUCGCAGCUGCGCUUCGACUUCCAGGGCCGUCUGCUGCCGCCCCGCGUCAGCCGCAAGAUCCCCGUGUCCCUGGGUCUGCACCACCACGGCGAGGCGCCCGAGGCCGCCGGCUACACCGUGGGAGAGCUGGCGCGGCUUGCGCGGAGCGCCGUCCCCGCGCAGCGGUGCAUUGCCUUCCAGACCCUGGGGAGGAUCCUGUUCCGGCUCGGCAAGGGCGAGUGGGGCGUCGGCGAGGGCACCAUGGGCAUGGGCAUCUUUCGUUGCGUGAGCGAGGGCAGGGUCCUCGAUUCUCUCAAGGAGGCCGCUGCUGUCGAGGAAGGAGUAGGUCACCGGAGCAGUAGGGCGUAUGCCAUCGAGGCACUUUGGCUCUACGAAAAGGGGGGCUGGACCAAGUCUUUCAAGGGACGCUGA